UGACUCGAAGUCCUUCUUACCCGUAUUUAACAAGCUGAGACUCAGAAAGACUUGUAAUGAUUCAUUACAAUAUAAAUUAAAGCUCUACCUUGCACAAGUUCAUCACAAACCAAAACAAUCAAUUGAUUUCCAUGGAUGAUGCCAUCAAGAUGGUUCCCAGAAUAUUUUAUUUUCUUGCGUUUUUUACUCUCUUGUAUCUCUUCACAAUUUCUUUUGCUUCCACUGAGGAAGCAACUGCUCUCCUCAAAUGGAAAGAAACUUUCGGAAACCAGAAUAAUUCCUUAUUGGCUUCUUGGACACUAAGUCCGGCUGCUGCCAAGAAUUCUUCCAGCCUCGGAGCAGCAACUUCUGAUGCAUGCACGGAUUGGUAUGGAAUUAUGUGCGUUAAUGGUCGGGUAAACAGGGUGAAUAUUACAAAUUCUAAUGUUAAUGGUACACUCUAUGAUUUUCCAUUUUCGUCUCUCCCUUUUCUUGAAUAUAUUGAUCUUAGCAAGAAUCAGCUCUCUGGCACCAUCCCACCUGAAAUAGGUAAGCUCACUAAUCUUGUCUAUCUUGACUUGUCCAUCAAUAAGAUUUCGGGCACAAUCCCACCACAAAUCGGCUCACUAACAAAGCUUGAGAUCCUCCACAUCUUUGACAACCAAUUAAAUGGUUCCAUUCCUGAAGAAAUAGGUCAUUUAAGGUCCUUAACUGAGAUAGUUCUGAAUACUAACUUUCUUGAUGGCUCUAUCCCUGCUUCAUUGGGGAAUUUGAACAACUUGUCUUAUUUGUAUCUUUAUCAUAAUAAUCUUUCUGGCCCCAUUCCUGCAGAAAUAGGGAAACUUGUCAAUCUUGUUGAAGUUUAUCUUGGUACUAACCACUUAACAGGUCAUAUUCCUCGAGAAAUAGGUAACUUAAUCAAUGCAAAAGUGUUCUAUGCUUUCUCCAAUGAAUUGUUUGGUCCCAUUCCUUCUGAAAUAGGGAAGAUGAAGUCACUUGAGAAUUUAAGCUUCUACGAAAACAAUCUCUCUGGUCUAAUUCCCAAAACAAUAGGUAACUUAACUGAGCUCAAACUCUUGCACCUUUAUACCAACCAACUUUCUGGUCCCAUUCCUAGUGAGUUAGGGAAUUUGAAAAACCUGAGUGAUCUGCAAUUAUCCACUAAUCAACUUACUGGUCCAAUUCCUGCUUCCUUCGGCAAUUUGAGAAACUUGCAAACUUUGUUUCUCCAUGACAACAAGCUUUAUGGUUCUAUUCCAAAGGAACUUGCAUAUUUGGAUAUCUUGGUUGUGCUGGAAAUGGAUGAAAACCAGUUUUCAGGCCAUUUGCCUGAGCAUCUUUGCCAAGGUGGGAAACUUGAGAACUUCACGGUGAAUAGUAACAAGUUGACAGGGCCAAUACCAAGAAGCUUGUCCAGGUGCUCGAGUUUCAAAAGGGUUCGCUUUGAUAAUAAUAGUUUCACUGGGAAUUUAGCUGAAGCUUUUGGUAUCUAUCCAGAGCUUCGGUUCAUUAAUUUGAGCGACAAUGAUUUUGAUGGUGAACUCAGUAGGAACUGGGGGAAAUGUAAGAAAUUGACUAAUCUGGAGGUGGCCAGAAAUAACAUUAGUGGUAGCAUACCACCAGAGAUUGGAAACAUCAGCAGGCUUGAACGACUUGAUCUUUCGUCGAAUCAUUUGGUUGGACAGAUUCCUAAAGAAUUUGGAAAAUUGACCUUGUUAGGUAGAUUCUUUGUACAAAACAACCACAUUUCUGGUAAUAUUCCUAUGGAACUUGGGUCAAUGAAAAAGUUAGAGUCCCUUGAUCUAUCAGACAAUAGAUUGAAUGGGUCGAUCCCAACCUUUAUAGGAGAUUACAUGAACAUGUUUCUCUUGAACCUAAGCAACAACAAGUUUGUCCAGAAAAUUCCAAAGGAGAUAGGGCGGAUAACUCAUCUUAGUGUACUUGAUUUGAGCCAUAAUCUUCUAGAUGGAGAAAUACCCAUUCAGUUAGCCAAUUUACUGGACUUGGCAGACUUGAAUCUUUCCCACAACAGACUUUCUGGCCGCAUUCCUGAAGAAUUUGAAAGUUUGACUGGUUUGCAGGAUGUUUUCUUGUCAUACAAUGAGUUGGAAGGUCCAAUACCAAAUAAUAAAGCUUUCAUGAGUGCCUCAUUGGAAGGUAAUAAAGGUCUGUGCGGCAAUUUAACAGGAUUUCUGCCAUGCAAAAUGCCAUCUCCAAUGGUGAAGAAGCACUCAACGGCGAAGGGCCGUAAACUCAUCCUCAUCACAGUACUUCCUAUUUUGGGAGCACUAGUACUUCUAUGUGCUUUCAUUGGUGUUCUCUUUAUCUGUGAUAAAAGAAAUAGAGUUGGACAUAUUGAAAGACGGGAUUCCAGCAAUGGUGUUGAUGUUGAUGAAGAUGGUGAUUUGCUUUCCAUAUCUACAUUAAAUGGAAGUGCAUUAUACCGGGAUAUCCUAAAAGCCACUAAGGAGUUUGAUGCAAUGUAUUGCAUCGGGAAAGGAGGGUCUGGAAGCGUUUACAAGGUAAAGCUUCCAUCUCUUGUGAAUGUAGCUGUGAAGAGACUUCAUUCUUCCUUUGAGGUUACACAUCGCAAAAGUUUCAUGAAUGAGGUAAGGGCACUGACAAGGAUUAAGCAUCGAAACAUUGUGACACUCUAUGGCUUUUGUUCGAAUGCACAACACUCGUUCUUAGUUUACGAGUACAUGGAGAGAGGUAGUUUAUCUAGUAUCUUGAGCAACGAAGUAGAGUCCAGGAAAUUGGAUUGGCUUAAAAGGGUGAAUAUCAUCAAAGGUGUUGCUUUUGCUUUAUCUUACAUGCACCAGGAUUGCUCACCGCCGAUUGUUCAUCGAGACAUAUCAAGCAGUAAUGUUUUGCUUGAUUCCGAGUUUGAAGCUUGUGUUUCAGAUUUUGGAAUAGCUAAGCUUCUCAAGCCAGACUCAUCCAACUGUACUGCAUUUGCAGGCACAUAUGGCUAUGUUGCACCAGGUUACACGGAAAUGUGUGAUGUCUAUAGCUUUGGAGUAUUAGCAUUGGAGAUAAUCAAAGGAAAGCAUCUUGGGGAAUACCUUACUCUUCUAGCAAAUUCAUCGACAAGAGAUGUGCAGCUUAGCGAUUUGCUAGAUGAACGCCUUCCAUAUCCUGAAGAUGAAGUAAAAGAGCUUAUGGUUUUCAUCAUCAAGCUAGCAAGCUCGUGUUUGCUUGAAAAUCCAAAAUCAAGGCCAACGAUGCAUUUCAUCUCUCAUAUGUUAUCAAUGGAUCCGCCAGUUCAUCAGAUUCCAUGA